AGAGCGCGCGAGAGAGAACAGCUGUGACGACGACGUCGGCGGCGGCGAGGCUUCGGCCGGAGAGCUCUCCGAAGGCGAGGGAGGGGGCGGCACGCGCUGCUCUCUGUCGCCUCGUCUCCCUCCUUCCUUCCUUCCCUGACGGUUGAGCCCCUCUCUGAGGUGAAUGAGCGGAGGAGGAAGCGCCUCCUGAGGGAGAGAGCGAGCUGAGGAGGCGCCCCCUUCUCGGCAUGUCCUCCGCGGCGGCCCCUCCUCAGCCAACAACGCUUCAGGACACCAAGGAGGAGGAGAGGCGCUCCAGCCAGGCUCCCGAAUCCCUCGGGGAGGACAGCGACGACCCAGAGCGGCCCUUCACUCCUGCCCCGCCGCCCAAGGAGAACCCCUGGAGCCGCUCCAAGCCUCCCCCGGGUGCCAGCACCGCCUCGGCCUCGGCCUCGGGAGCCAGCUCUUCCCCCUCCAGCAGCAGCGCCUCCGCCGGCAGCGAGGCCGCCCCUCAGGAGCCCGAGUUGCAGAGUUCUGCUAAAAUCAUAAGGGCAGGAAAAUCAAGUCUAAGGAAAUCUAGUAAGACAGAUGACUUCAGUGAUGCAGCAAAUUGGCCAACACCAAGUGAAAUUGCGAGCUCUGAAUGUAAAAAUAUAAGUAAUCAUAAUAAAAAAGCUCCAAUCAAGAAAGAGAAAGAAGAAAAGAAUGAAAGGAAGAGUAACAACAAGAGCAAGGAAAACCUGGAAGUAAAUCCUGAUAUUCCUGGAGAAAAUGUCAGUGAAGAUGAGGCUCAGAUUAACAAUCAAAGAAAAAAAGUUCUCUAUUUUACACUUGAAGGUAACAAACACAGAUGGGUACCACUUCAUUUAGAUGUAUUGAAACCAGAAAACCAAGAUAGACCAGGAUCUCGGAACAGUUCAAGAUCUCAACCAGAAACUAGCAAACUUGUGCCACACAACAACAGACGCAAUGAGACAAGAAAUAGUUGGCGACGGGAUAGGGAUAAGCGAGAGGAUCAUGAUGAAGUCUCCAGUGUGAGAAGUGAAGGUGGUAGUGUUCGAGGAUUUUACCGAGGAAGAAGCAGAGGCAGGGGAAGGGGAAGAGGACGUGGAAGAGGAAACCCUCGAAUGAACCAUGAAUAUUCAUAUGGCUAUCGAGAACAGUACAAUGAAAGGAAUGAUCAGUUGUUUCAGUCAGAUCUUAACACAAGUAUGAUGUAUUACUACGAUGAUGGAACAGGAGUACAGAUGUAUACUGUGGAUGAAACACUGCUUAAAGAAUACAUUAAACGCCAAAUUGAGUAUUAUUUCAGUGUAGAAAACUUGGAAAGAGACUUCUUCUUGAGAAGAAAAAUGGAUCAGCAAGGAUUCUUGCCUAUUUCUUUGAUUGCCAGCUUUCAUCGUGUGCAGGCUCUUACUACCAAUAUUAAUCUAAUAUUAGAGGCCUUAAAAGACAGUACAGAAGUAGAAAUUGUAGAUCAGAAGAUGAGGAAAAGGGUAGAACCAGAAAAAUGGCCAAUUCCAGGCCCUUCUUCACACAACCUUCCACAAACAGACUUUUCUCAGCUUAUAAACUGCCCUGAAUUCAUCCCAGGCAAAGUGUUCGGUUCACAUACUGAAUCUGCACCAAGCUCUCCAAGAAUCGGAAGUCAAAGUACUAAGAAAAGCACUGAAACAAGUAGCUUUCAAAUGAUGACUAAAGGGUUAUCAACAAGCUUGCCAGAUCUGGACUCUGAACCUUGGAUAGAAGUUAAAAAAAGACAUCGUCCAUCCCCAGUCAAAUCAAAGGAAUCUGUGCCUACUCUUGAGGAAAUGUUGGGUCAGCAGCAGUCAGCACUGCCUGCAGAGGAACAAGAACAGGAAGAGCUUGAUUUUUUAUUUGAUGAAGAGCUGGAACGAAUAGAAGGCCGCAAGAAAACAUUUACAGAGUGGUCAGACAGUGAUUCAGAUUAUGAAAUUGAUGAUCAGGAUUUAAAUAAGAUUUUGAUUGUAACACAAACACCACCAUAUAUGAGAAAACAUCCUGGAGGGGAUCGUACUGGCAACCAUGUGUCACGGGCAAAAAUUACAUCAGAACUUGCCAAAGUUAUUAACGAUGGCUUGUACUACUAUGAACAGGAUUUGUGGACAGAGCAGACAGAAAAUGACUGUGUUGCUAUGAAGCAAGAAGUUGAAAACUUUAAGAAGUUGAAUCUCAUCAGUAAAGAAGAAUUUGAACAUCUUACACCUGAUGUAAUUGAUCCAAAUCAAGAACUUCCUGCUAGUCCUUCAACAUCUCAACAAGGUCUAACUGAAGAGCAGGCUUGUAAAUUAUUUAGUAUUCAGGAAAUGUUUUCAGCAAUGGCUCAUUCCCUUCCAACAGCUAUGGCUCGCUCACUUCCAACAGCUGUACCUGAAUCUCCUAAAGUCCAGCCUACUAGAACACCUAAAACACCUCGUACCCCAAGACUUCAGGAUCCUAACAAAACACCCAGGUUUUAUCCUGUGGUUAAAGAAGCAAGAUCCAUUGAUGUUAAGACACGAAGGAAAAGAAAAACUCGGCAUAGUACAAACCCUCCAUUGGAAAGCCAUGUUGGUUGGGUAAUGGAUUCUAAGGAUCACAGACCAAGAACAUCUUCUAUAAGCAGCUCAAAUGCCUCACCAUUGGAAGGUGCUCCACUAUCAGGAAGUUAUGGGUGUACCCCACAUUCUCUUCCCAAAUUCCAGCAUCCUUCUCAUGAACUUUUAAAGGAAAAUGGUUUUACCCAGCAAGUAUACCACAAAUACCGCCGUAGAUGCCUAAAUGAAAGGAAACGUUUGGGAAUUGGCCAGUCCCAAGAAAUGAAUACACUCUUUCGUUUCUGGUCAUUUUUUCUCAGAGACCACUUUAACAAGAAAAUGUAUGAAGAAUUCAGACAACUUGCUCUAGAUGAUGCAAAAGAACAUUACAGAUACGGUCUGGAAUGUUUGUUCCGGUUUUACAGCUAUGGUCUAGAAAAAAAAUUCAGGCAAGAAAUCUUCAGAGAUUUCCAAGAAGAAACAAAGAGAGAUUAUGAAUCUGGUCAGCUCUAUGGACUAGAAAAAUUUUGGGCUUAUCUAAAGUAUUCACAGUCUAAAACUCCACCUAUUGAUCCCAAACUUCAGGAAUAUCUCUGCAACUUUAAAAGACUGGAAGACUUUAGAGUUGAUCCUCCCAUCAGUGAAGAAUCUGGGAGAAAAAGGCACUCAACUGGUGAAGAAAGUGAUCAUCAUAAACAUCAGUCCAAUUCUUCUAAGAUCCUUGCUGGUAAUUCCACAGCUGCCUCUCAGGCGUGGGUCCCAAUAAACUUUCCCACUACCAAUACUGUACAGGAGUUGAGUAACAGCAUACACCAGAACAGUACUGCCACAAAACCAAGAAAUGAUAUAUCUGAGCAGUAGACUUAAGCUGGAACCUUACAAUCAACUCCUACUGCCAGUAUUUUAACUCAAAAGAUCUUCAGGGAGAGCGAUUUUAAAUCUUGAUUAAAAACAAAUGUCUAGGAAAACAAAGGAUUGCAUUUGCUUUCUCACAAUGUGGAGUUCCAAAUACUUUCCCUUGAUCAGUUAUACUGGAAUUGGAGACUAUCUGAAACAUCCUAGGGAAAUAUAUCUUAGUUUCAGUAUUAGUAUCCCUGAUUUAUUGUUUACAUGAAAUGCAUUCCGGUACUGUAUGCAAAAAUACUUUGAGAUGCCUGAUAGUCCAGCUCAUUCUUCUUAAAGAAGUUAUGGUGUACUCAUAUAAUGUAGAAAGGAGGAUUUUUUCUAUUCAAGUUUUCCACAUUACUUCUGCUUUAAAAAGCCAAAAAGAGAGAAUAUACUGUUUCCAGUGGAGAUAAAGGAUUUAAAUUGGUAAAUGCAUAUAUCACUAUGAACACCUUUUUUUUAUAACAGUACAUGCACACUCCAUGAUAGAUUGGACUGUGCACAUUUCUUGGGUGCUAAAAUCUUACUUUCUGCUUUAGAAUCCCUGUGAUUUUAGGUUGAGUUUUGAGUUUGGCAUCAGCCUGCUUUGGUUUUAAAGGUGUUUUCUUUUAUUCAGGUUCUUAUUUGUACUUAAGCAGUAGAUUGCUGAGGGGAACAGGGUAUGACUAUAUUACCAUAAACUUCCUAUAAACUUUUAAGCAGAAUGUUAAAAUGACGGAUUAUUCUCUAAUCACCUUCCAGUUGGGAGAGAUAUUUGUGCUUUCUGUUUAAUUCUUGUACUUCAAGGAGAGAUUAUUUUAAAUGAUAACAUUUAAUUGUAAGAUACUAUUUGGUGCUGUUUUAAUUUAAAGGGGAAUUAGAAAAAUGGUAUUCACUAAAAAUGUUGAUGUCAAGUUGGGUUGGAAUAGUUUAAAAUCCCAUUUUGGGAGAAAAGCAGGGAUAUAAAUCCUCUAAAUAAAUAAUUCUAUGCUCUGCUAAGAUCAACUGAAUUAAAUUGGCCAGGGCAUUGCUUUCUGUAAGUGUAAAUGAUUGAUUCAGGUAGCAAUUAGUUAAGUUGGGAGGUGGAAGUUAACAGGCUACAUUACCUGCAAUUUUAUACUAGUUUCAGUCACUGUGAUUUUAAAUGCUUCGAAUAAGGAAAUGGAAGGCCUCCUUCCUUAAAGUGGGUGGUAGGAAUAGGUGCACUUUUUUUUACUUAGAGCAAAACAGUGAGAUACCUAACAAUCUUCAGGUGUCUUUCUGCAUAUAAAGUUUUAACACAGUUUGAUGCCUUAUUACUGUGGAGAUAUCCUAAGUGAUCCAUUGUUUAGUUUAAUGGAGAUUUUUGGCAGAUAUAGAUGAGGUCAAUUACAUUUUUUCUGUCAUAUUGCCUUGGGAGUCUGAAUAGAACAAUUAUGAAAAUAAUGUGCAUACUUGUAUAGGAAUAUGAGGAUUUCCCAGUAAUUAAUUUCUACACACAAAGUAGCCUUUUAGAACUGCUCUAUUUUGUAAAAAAUAAUAAUAAGAAGAAGAAUUCAUGAUACAAGUUUUAUAUAGCAUCUUUUCAGUGUGCUCAAGUUGUACAUCUCAAACCUGUGUUCAAUCUUUGCCACCUCCUCUAUGAAAAUGAUGCAAUUGUAAAUUUGGAUUUAAACUGUAUAUAAAAGAAAUAUAUUUACUUCCAUUUCUUUGAAUGAAAUGUGUGCAUAUUUAGCUUUUAGUAUGCAUAAUUUGUGGUACCUUUGCAGAUUUUAUAAAAACAAACAAAAAAAAAAUUAUGUGUAUUGUGUGAUUCUUAAAUGAUUUUCUUUAAACUUGUCAGUUUUUACAGUUCCAGUUAAAAUGAAAUGUCAAGUAUUGAAUUGGACUAAUUAGAACUAUGGGAUUGAAUUAAGCAGCCAAAAUUACUGGAAUUAUGGAAAUACAUUGAUUUAUAUUUUUAAUGUAAAUUAAUGCAUUCAGAAUUUCAUAUUUAACAGGUAUGAGAUAAAGUGAACAUGUUUACUAAUAAAGGGGAGCUGAGAGUGUUGCUUUUGAGUUAUUAUACUGUGUCUGA